UGUAAAAAAGGUUAAUCAAUAUUUUAAAAGAAAUACAAGCGCCAGUUCUUGACAUUUCGGCGUCCUUUUGUCGCCUUGAUCAAAUGCAGACUUUUAUACAAGUCGUACGGUUCGAAUAUAUAUUAUCUAUAUUGCGAUCAAUGUCUUUUUUUGACAGUUGAAUUAAAGACAACAAAUAGCUGGAACUAUUUAGCUCAACCAAGACUGAAGCAGCGUCCACAAUACACCGGAGAAAUUUGAAAACGCAGCUUCAUUUCAACGGUUAGGCCUACCGUCCACACUAAUCCGUCACGAAAAGCUUUUCGAAAGCGCUCUUCAAACCGGAGGAAUGUGAAAAAGCCGGCUCUGCGUUUACGUGUGAACUGAAAACAUUUUGAAAACGAAGCUUUUCGACAACGAUUACAUCACGAUUUCCCUGGGAGAGCUUUCCUCAAACACAAAUCCAAAAUAACCGGUGAUUGUUGCGUUUUUAAAUUUCUUCGGCGUAGUGUGGACGGAAAACAUUUGAUGCGUUUUCAGAAUGUAAUCUAUGUUUUAAAAUUUCUCCGGCGUCCUAUGCACGGGGCCUGAUGCAAUUUAUUAUAAUAUACAAACAAUAUACAGUUAUAUCGAAACGUUUAACCUCGCAGAGGCCUUGUGAAAUAAUUUGAUUGUCUUGUUUGAUUUUCCAUUCUCAGAAUCAAAACAACAUGAAGCGAAAAAAUACUAUUGGUCUGGUUUUAACGAGGUUAGGAUCGCUGCUGACUCUCCUCGGUGGAGUAAAAUGUGUUCUCAUAAAUUGCCAUAUAGACUGUAAACUUCUACGUUUCUAUUUUAAGCCUUAGAAGUUCUUUAUUUUUCGAGAAUGGCGUCGGCCAAUAUUAACGAGGGUCUAGAUUUUUCGCGCGGAAUUGAGACAGUUGUACAAAGCCUUCGGAGACCAGAUGUAUUCAUUAAAAAUUCCGAAAACACAACAUUAUGGAAAUUAGAGAAUCUAAUCGAAAAUCGACAACAUGCGUUAACUAAGGUUAAGAUGCAGGUCCAUCAGAACCACCAAUCACAGCUUAACUCACAGCGGGUGGUUCACUAAUCUCUAAGUUGCCAUAUCACAUUUAGAAGGUGUAGUUAUAAACCUUCCUUCCGUGCAGAUCUACAGCGCCUUACAUUUAUCAUCAUGUCUGGUCUGGUGAAAGCCAAAGAAUACGAUUGGAAAGACUCCAAUGUUGCAAGGAUUAACAGCAAAGAAGACAGACAAAUGAAGAAAGUUGCGGCAAAAUCAGAGCGGGCCUGGCAAGGCUGCGAGGACUUGAUAGGAACAAGAAUUUGGAGGAUCGAAAACUUUGAGGUAAAAGACUGGCCAAAGGAAAGCUAUGGAAGAUUUUACAAUGGUGACACAUACAUUAUUCUUCACGGGGAAAAGGAUCCAAAUUCAAACAUAAUACAUUUCGAUGUCCAUUUCUGGAUUGGUAAGAACUCUUCUCAAGAUGAAUAUGGGACCGGUGCCUACAAAACUGUUGAGCUGGACACAUACGUAAGAAAACAUCUCGAGAUAAGUAAACUAGAUGAAUCGAUCACAGAGGCUGAUCCAGGAUUUUUCAAGGAAGGGGGUGGGGGGUGGUUAGAACUUUGGGGUUGCAGAAUCAAUGGAGCAUGCGCCCAAAAUGUUGCAAUUCGAGAAUCGAAACCUAAUUCAAAACUGUUCAAACAGAAAAACUAACAAUGCCCACAAACUAGAAAUCCCAAUAAGGUACCUGUCCAGAGUUUUUGCCUUUAUUUCUGUCGAAAUAUUCACAAAUGUUUUCAUUUUCUGCUUCACCAAGAGGGGGUUGACUAUCCACCCAAUCCACCGC